UAGGGUUUGCUCUCCCCAUUUUAGAGCUGUCACUGCGAGUGUGAUGGUAGGAAGCAACAGAUGGAGAAAACGUUACAGAAAACAAAGAUUUGAGCAGAGAGGAGAUGAAUAUGUUCAAGAUAAUCUGGCAGCUGUUAAGGAAGAUCACUUAGCUGGACUUAAUUGUGCCUGAAUUGAAACGUUAAUACUCGCAAUUAUGUCUGACAAACAGCCGGGGCAAGCUUCCCAAAGGAACACAUCCACAAACAAAAACAUCAAGAAGCUCCGCACAGUUAGCAUGGUGUGCAGCCUGACGAGUGGAUGGCAGCAAUGGGUGAAGGAAAACGAGAAGAAGCAGGCCAGCGAACCCAGUGGCUGGGCUCCAUCUUUUCUAGGAGGACCAACAGAGAAACUCAAAAAGACAUGGGUCCCAAAGAAGCCUCUGACCACACACACCUGGCCAAAAGAAGUGUCUCAGAAUCAUGUCGUCAGUUCUGGAGUGGCUCAGACAUUAACUUCUCACAACGAGACUCAAGAUGCAUCCAAGACUGAGGUGGUUAAGACCUCAGCCGAGCCACCAGUUGCAUCUUGCAUCAAGCAAGUGGUGAAAACGGUGACCAGCGGGGUUCAGGAGAAUGGUGCUGACGUUGGGCGCCUGGCCGAGAAGAUCAAGAAGGAGUAUUUGCCAUCAGCUGAGGAGAUUGACAGGAUUCUGAAGAAAAAGACCUCGCCUACACGACGCAGAAAAUGCUCCAACAUGGUAUCAUCUCUAACCAAAAGCUGGAAGCAGGUGGAGAAAGAGCAGAAGCUUGGAAAAGAGGGAGGACCAGGAGAGGGACACCCUUGGGGUAGUGAUAAAGACAACAUUGGACACCCUGAGGCAGAGAGGGAGAGUGUGGACAUAAAGGAUGCUGAAACACACGGGAGAAGCUCUUUAAAAGAAGACCUUGAAGGAGACUCUGAGUCAGCAGUAAAGAUUAAACGACCCACAGUCCCAGCGUACAAAAAGGAUACUGAGGAUGCCAACAAGAUCAACGCCCUCUCCAAGAAAUACAGCGCUGUGGGAAACCUCAAGAGCCGCUGGCAGAACUGGGCCUCAGAACACACAGUGAACCAAAAACUAAACCCCUUCAGUGAAUAUUUUGACUAUGAUUACUCCAUGUCCCUCCGCCUCCAAAAGGGUCAGGAGGGUUAUGGACGCCCCAAGGAGGGUACCCAAACAGCGGAAAGAGCCAAACGCGCAGAGCAACACAUACACCGUGAGAUAGAUGACAUGUGUUACGUGAUCAGAACUAUGGCCGAUCCAGACCCAGACGGAAAGACCCGGGUCACGUUUGGACAGCUGUUUGACAGAUACGUUCGGAUCUCUGAUAAGGUGGUGGGUAUUCUGAUGAGAGCCAGGAAACAUGGGAAGGUGGCGUUUGAAGGGGAGAUGCUAUGGCAAGGCCAGGAUGAUGGAGUAAUCAUUACUCUGCUGGUGUGAUGUUAACACCUGGGUCAAAGUUGUACUGGAAAUCCUCUUACAGCUAGUUGGCUUGCACAAUGGAACCUGGAACCUAACAUCAGUCAUCAAGCAGGGCUAAGAGGAGGAUUUAAUUUGACCUAGGUCUAUUCAGUGGACACUUUAAGAACAAUAUCAAAGGAAUUUGGAGACUACAAAGCUUGGAGGAUGAGUCUGUGUGGAUUAUCUGAAGAAUAUUUUGCUGCUAUUUUCGUGGAUACUUGAAGACACUUUCUGUCAGUGUUGUGGGUAUUUGAGGUGUGUCGUGCACAUGCUUUGAGAAAUCCGCUAAGACUUUAAACUUUUAUUUCAAGAGCUCUGGCAAGAUAACGUUCUAGCCUUUGGCUGCUUAAGAGUUGCUUGCAGAUUCUCAUAUGUGUCUCUUUAGCACGUUCUUUAUGGCUUAUAUUAAUGAGAUACUUGAUUAUGUGUUAAUGUACCAAAUAACCAUGCAGCAGCUUUGCAAUAUAGUGUAGCACAGUAAUUCAAACGUGGAUUGGGUUUUAUCGCCUGAAGAACUCAGCUCAGCAUUCAUUAUACUGCGCCAGGUACAAUGCAGAGGAACAGAGCAGACCACAGCACUUUUAAAUCUCACAGCCUGUUAGACUGAGCCUGUUAUGAUUAAUGUAAAGGGUGACUAUGAAUGUUUGGGGGAAUAAGUAAAACUUUCUUUUUCACUUCCAGUUACUGAGUGAUUUGUUGCAGUUUGUAUCAUACGGUUAGUUACAAUGUUAGCCGUCUGUUUUAGUGUGUGACAAAUAAGACAAAUUGAACAUGCUGUUUGAGGUACUUCUACUCCACUACAUCUCAGAGGCAAAUAUUACUUCAGUACAUUUGUCUGCUUUAGUUCCUAGUUACUUUUCAGAUGACUUCUUGUCCAGUGUAAACCACGUACCUCCAAAUUUGAUGAUUUUGAUAGACUGAAGGAUUAAGUGUUCCUUUUAUGGGCUGAUAAAGUUCUCCAACUUCUUAAGCUAAAUAAACCAUUUAAAACCCUCUUGGAUUAGCUGGAAAAUGCAUUUCACAAAGAUCAUGAACUUAUAUCUCACAUCUAGAGUAUUCAAUCAAUUACUCAAUCAAUCAAUCAAUCGGUUUGUAAGGGAAACAUCUAUUAUUUAUAAAAUUAUUCUGUGAAAGAUUCUGGUAUUGCUUUAAGCUAUAACUGUGAUUUAUUUAUAUCUGGUAGAUCCUCUUUAGCUGUAUUUGCUCCAGAAAUAACUAAUAAUAAUUAAAGAAAUUAAGUUUAAAUGAAUUCAUACUUUUUUGUAGAAAAUUAUUUCAUUGUACAGUUUAGAUGUUUAAAAUGCAUUAUUUCUUUACAUUAUUACGUUAACAAAGCAGUAUGUACUGACUGGUGUUUGCAGAUCACGGCACUUAGGGAAAAAAAUGCAGAAUUUUAGCACAAUUGUUUUCAGUAAUUUCCAGUCAUUAUUUCAGAAAGGCUCUUCCUUUGCAACGUAACAAUUGAAUACCAUUCCAUUAUCUAGUACACAAUAGAUUAGAAUAGGUAUAUGCUAGUAUAUGCUAUCUGAUGUCUGUGCUUAAUUGUAGUCUUUGUUGUUAGAUUUGUCUCAGUAGUGCCAGAGAUACAACUAGAAAAUAAUUAUUAAGGAUCUUAAAUUAAGCUAAAUGCUUUGUAACACUGUCAGUGUCAACUAUCAGCCUGGUAACUUAAUCUUUCAUAGUAAAAGUACGUCCAAUCAAUAUCAAAUGCCAAUGUGAAAACAAUAACUUGUUCCACCAUUAGAACUGUUUAAAGUGGUUCGCUUUAGUGGUUGCUGAGCAGGUACUCUGGUCCUCCCGGGAAGAUGGAGCAGACUCUUUUACACAGGGAAAUCAUGGUAAAAGUGAACACUGCCAUUCCUGACAACUCCAUGAAAAGUAUAAGCUGUUUUCUAUACAGAUGUGCCUAUAAAUUAUUACCAACCUAUUUUUUUUUUGUGUGUGUGUGUGUUUUUAUUGUACCUGUCACUAGAAAACCACUUCACUGUGGUGAAUUUAGACUUUUCCUCAACACUUUUCUGCCAGAGGUUCAUCUAAAAUGACAUAACAUGAGAGUAUAUGAGUAUGACGUGUAUUUAUUGCAUUUCCCUCAACUGGUUUCCAGGAACAGUCCUCACAAAAACAUUCAAAUACUGAAGCACAAUUACUAAUGCGCUUUUUCACUCCUGGCAGGAACUGAGGACUUCUUUUGUCACUGUUUUUGUGAGGACUCUUCCUGGAAACCAGUUAAGGGGGAAUUUUGCAUUUAUAGUAAAUACCGUUUCAUGUACUGGAGCUCUGGCAGAAACAGGACAAGGAAAAGUAAUUCAAGGACAUAAGGUCAACUCUUGGGUUGGGUUGGGUAACAUUUAUCAUCUAUAAAAUCACUUAAGCUGGUAAAGUUGCAUACGUCACAUCAAAGUAAAAAGCAGACUUCCUAUUAAACCAGUGAGCAAAAUCAGUCACAAAAAAAUAGAUUGUUAUUUAAGAUGUAAACUUCUCACAAGAUAAGGGCACAGUGAAGAACUAAACACAAGCUAUAUUCACAGAACCUUUGCUCUUUGCUAUACAGCCUUGUCCUGUAAUAAAAAAGUAAAAACAACCAAACAGCUAAUAGAAUGAUGGCUAAGCAUCAGGAAGAAGAAACCAGUGAAUUUGUUUUGUUCUUUUAAAAAGAAGAAGAAGCCUAAGAAGUAUGAAUGGUUACAAAUUAAAUACAGACAGGCAAUUGUAUAUUACAGAAUAUAUAGAAUAUAGAAUAUGAAAAAAAUAUAUGUCACUUAGUCAGGGGAAAAAGGUUGGGAAUGACUGCUCUAUAUGCAUGUAUAUAUUUCUGUGAGUACAAAACACAUUCACUGGCUAAUUCCAGUGCAUCCAUUACUAAAGUCUGUAGGCCAAGGCUUAUAAAGAGAACAUAGAUAGCAUGACCACAACCAACAAAUGUCAGGUAAUGGUAUUUUUGUUAUUAUUAUUGUUCAGAGACUUUCUUGGAAGCUUUUUUGUUGCUGUUACCUCCCAUUUGUGGGACAAUUUUGUUAUUUCAGAAGCUUAUUUCAGCAGGAACUGUUGAUCAUAGCUUGUUUGUUACAAACAAAAUGCUUUAAUUCAAUUAAAUAAUAUUUUUCUCA